AUGUUCACCGGAGCCUUGCCCGAAGACGCCGGCAACGUCAGCCUCAGCAGUGGCAUGACCGACGACGAUGAGCUGCUGGCUUCUGCCGCCGGCAAGGUGCCGGCCAAGUGGGACUGGAGACACCACGGAGCUGUCACCCCAGUGAAGAACCAAGGACAUUGCGGGAGCUGUUGGGCUUUCUCGAUGGUGGCCUCUGUCGAGGGCAUCAACGCAAUCAAGAGAGGGAAACUGCGGACACUGUCGGAGCAAGAGGUGCUCGACUGCUCCGGCGACGGGAGCUGUAAAGGUGGGCACACGUACGAGUCAUUCGAUCAUGCCAUCAAGCACGGGUUAGCCUUAGACCAGCACGGGAAUCCUCCGUACUACCCUGCCUACGUUGCCCAGCUCGUGUAUGCUUUGUAG